AUGAAUCGUAGAUCAACAGAAGCAGUCAAAAAUAAACUAUUAAAAUAGGGAACAGGAAGGAGACCUAUAAUUCAUCUAGAAAUUACAACUGAAGAAAAUGCUAGGUUUAUGGAAAAAUUGAAUAAUUAGAAUAUUUAAAUCGAGAUAAAAGAGAAGUUCUCAUAUACACUCAUGUUGAGUAUACAAAAUAUAAAACAGAAAAGAUUAUAUAUGAAUUUGAAGAUUAAAGCUACCUUCUUAUAUCAUGAAACUGAUAGAAAUUUGUAAGUAAUCACAUGUCCAAAUGCGAAGAUUAGAUAAUUAGAAAUAAUAUAUUCGAAAUCGAAUUGA